UGUCAGCUGACCACUGCAGUACAGCAACGUAAACACUGACUUCCCAUUCUUGUGAUGUGGAGCUGUUAGCCUACAGGCCAGACUGAUUGGGGAAUUUGAUGUCGCUGUCGUCAGCAUGGCCUCCACCUCCAGCUUUGCUCCUCCAAAACUGUCCGACUUCAUCCUCACGGAGCGGCUGGGCAGUGGUACCUAUGCUACAGUCUACAAGGCCUACAGAAAGGGGGACAGUCGAGAGGUGGUGGCGGUGAAGGUGGUUGGGAAGAAGACUCUGAACAGGGCGUCUACUGAAAACCUGCUCACAGAGAUUGAAAUGCUCAAGACGAUGAGCCACCCUCAUAUAGUCCAGCUGAAAGACUUUCAGUGGGAUGCUGAGAAUAUUUAUCUGAUCCUGGAGUGGUGCUCUGGUGGAGAUCUAUCCUGCUUCAUACGCAGCCGCAGGAUUAUACCUGAGAGGGUGGUCCGGCGCUUCCUGCAACAGAUUGCCUGUGCCCUCCAGUUUCUUCAUGAGCGAAACAUCUCACACCUGGACUUGAAACCACAGAACAUUCUGCUCAGCGGCUCCGUCCUAAAACUAGCAGAUUUCGGUUUCGCCCAGUACAUGUCACCAUGGGAUGAGCAGAGUGUCCUGAGAGGCUCUCCUCUUUACAUGGCUCCCGAGAUGGUGUGCCGACGCCAGUACGACUCCAGGGUGGACCUCUGGUCAGUCGGAGUCAUUCUCUAUGAGGCACUGUUUGGGCGAGCACCAUUUGCAUCAAGGUCAUACGCCGAAUUGGUGGAGAAGAUCCGGAGCAACCAACCCAUCGAGCUCCCUCCCAGGGCCAGGGUAUCCAAGGACUGCAGAGACCUUCUGCUGCGGCUGCUGGAGAGAAACCCAGAUGCCCGGAUCACCUUCGCCGAGUUCUUCGCCCACCCUUUCGUGGACAUGGAGCACAUGCCGAGCGCAGAGAGCCUAGUGAAAGCGAAAGAGCUGGUCCUGCAGGCCGUCCAGAAGGACCAGCAGGGAGAGAGGUCCGCCGCGCUGUCUCUUUACUGCAGUGCCCUUGAGCACUUUGUCCCCUCCAUUCACUACGAGACGGACCGACAACGUAAAGACGCCAUCAGGCAGAAGGUCCGCCAGUAUGUGUCCAGAGCCGAGGAGCUGAAGGCCCUGGUGGCCUCGGACAACAGGUUGAGCUUUGAGGAGGCCCGCACCUCCAGGGAUGUCCUCCGAGAAAUGUCUCGAGACCAACCACGGCUGCUGGCUGCUCUGGAGGUGGCCUCCGCUGCCAUUGCUAAGGAGGAGAGCGGGGUGGAUGAUCUCGAGGCCCUGGAUGUGUACCAACAGUGUUUAGGAGAACUACUGUUGGCGCUAGCAGGCGAGCCCCAGGGCUGCAGGAAGGAGCUGCUCCACAGCGAGAUUAAAAGCCUCAUGACCAGAGCUGAAUACCUCAAAAAGCAUGUCAAGAUGCAGGAGACUCAGAGGGACGCGUCUCUGGACCGAGAACAUCUCGCGGACUCCGUCAGAAGCUCUUGCUGUUUGCAGUAAGCCGGACGGCCACCGUGGGAAACUGAGCUGGGACGCCCAAGCGGAGCAUCAGACUGCCUGUCGGUGCUCAUGUCGGACACAGAGCCUUCACCUGACCAGGUUUCUGUCGGGGCCAAACUAAACCUGCAUCACACCUUAACCACCCAACGCUGUCCGGGUGGGAUAUUACAGUUGCCAGCCAAAUGUGCCCAAUGUUUCAGUCGUUGCUGGAAAGUUGAUAAUUUGGCAGGUUGAGAACUUGUGUUUAUACUUUUUGAAGGAAGGGGAAAAAAAAAGAAAAGUUUGGCUGUUAAAAUACUGAAAGUAGCUCUAGAGUUUUGGAUUUGCACACUAGUGAAUGUUAAAGCUACUUCCCUGCUCUUUACACAAAGUUGUCGCACCGCUUAGCCCUCGAAUCCCUCCCCCUGACACGCCAUUGAUAUGUAAAUGACGGACAGCUUGUGUGACAAUGGCCGCACUGUCAUGGUAAAAUGAGUCAAACAGAGGCUGUUGCAUUUAUUGCCGCACGAGAAAAAACAGUAUUUGCGGGGCGCGCUGGGAAAAACUGUGAAAACCUGCAAUAAACGCAAUCAAAUGGAAGCUGUGGCGUGAAGAAGCAUCUCGUCAGUUCUGGACCGUCAUGUUAGGUAUAUUAUACGGAGGCCUCUGCAAACAUGCACAUACUCCCUCGCCCUCCCUUCCCCACUGCCUUUGCUGUGGGUGGACCACAGGCUCACCAUGCUCUCCCCGCUGAUGGAGCCCUCUCCACCACUAUGAGGGGAAAACUGGAGAGGUGCGGCCUCUGCCUUAUUUACACUGGACUUGCAUUUUCUUAGGUUUGGCACUGGCCAGGUAUGCGAGGGAUCCGGCAGGGUUGCAAAGCCUUCAUAACUAGGCCUCUGAAAAAGCUUAACAGUCGCUGUUGUAGGUCUUCACACACUGUUUUGAUUUCAGAAAAGUAAAGUGCAUGAAUACCUAAAAGGGAGCUUUACUUUGCGUCUGCGGGAACGGGAGUCAAAGGGAGAAACGUUUAAAUAUGUCUGCUGGCGAGAUUUUCCACACCACUGUGAUGUUGUUGUUGUUUUUUUUUUAUUUGAGUGUUUAUACAGCUGUGAUUUUAUAUCUUAUGCAUUUAUUAAAUGAGAUAUGCAGUGGAAAAAUAAAACCUCCGAAGCCUC